UUCCUCCUGAGCUCUGUCUAGGUCCUGGUAGGGUAUCUGGUCUUGGCAGGCUGGAGCCAUAAAAGGGGAGAAAGGGGCUGUGCCUUGAGAAAGGCCUGCUGGGCACCUGCAUUGUGAUGACCUCAUCCACUCUAUGACAUCAUCCUCUCUCCCACACCCAUGCCUCCCUGAUCAACUGCUCUGCAAACAACCAUCAAUUUGAAUCCCAAAGGCCUGAGGAGGUUUGUUCUCUAGUACCUGCUGCUGAUCUUCUGCCUCAGCCAGCAAGAAGCACCAUGAAAUUGGAAUUCACUGAGAAAAACUACAACAGCUUCAUGCUGCAGAACCUGAACAAACAGAGGAAACGCAAAGAGUACUGGGACAUGGCUCUGACCGUGGAUCACCAUGUCUUCUUUGCACAUCAGAAUGUGCUGGCUGCUGUCUCUCCACUGGUGAAGAGCCUCCUCUUCUGCAACGACAUGAAGACCACCAAUGAGCUCUUUAUCACCAUCGACCCCAACUACCUGAGCCCAGCCACAGUGGAGCAGCUCCUGGACUACUUCUACAGCGGCAGGGUGGUGAUCUCAGAGCAGAACGUGGAGGAACUGCUUCGUGGGGCCCAGUAUUUCAACACACCACGCCUUCGAAUCCACUGCAGUGACUUUCUGAUUAAGUCCAUCCGCCGUGCCAACUGCUUGCACUACCUCUUCUUAGCCGAGCUGUUUGAGCUCAAAGAGGUGUCAGACUUGGCCUACUCCGGCAUCCGUGACAACUUCCACUACUGGGCCAGUCCCGAGGGCUCCGUGCACUUCAUGCGCUGCCCGCCUGUCAUCUUUGGCCGCCUGCUCCGGGACGAAAACUUGCAUGUGCUCAACGAGGACCAGGCUCUCAGCGCACUCAUCAACUGGGUGUACUUCCGGAAGGAUGAGCGGGAGAAGUAUUUCAAGAAGUUCUUCAAUUACAUCAAUCUUAAUGCCGUCUCCAACAAGACACUGACGUUUGCCAGCAACAAGCUGAUGGGCAUAGAGAACAGCUCCGCCCACGCAACCAUGAUCGAGAGUGUCCUUGUGGACCGCAAGCAGGAGAAGCCGACCAGCCUGCUAAGCUACCAGAGGAGAGGGGCCCUGCUCGAUUCAGUGAUCAUCCUGGGUGGCCAAAAGGCCCAUGGCAAGUUCAAUGAUGGAGUGUUUGCCUAUAUCAUACAGGAGAACCUGUGGUUGAAGCUCUCAGAGAUGCCCUACCGGGCAGCAGCGCUGAGCGCCACCUCUGCUGGUCGCUACAUCUACAUUUCUGGUGGCACCACUGAGCAGAUUUCAGGGCUGAAGACAGCUUGGCGCUAUGACAUGGACGACAACUCCUGGACCAAGUUGCCCGACCUGCCCAUCGGGCUUGUGUUUCACACCAUGGUGACCUGCGGGGGGACAGUGUAUUCCGUGGGUGGCAGCAUUGCCCCACGGCGGUAUGUCUCUAACAUCUAUCGCUACGACGAGCGCAAGGAGGCCUGGUACCUGGCAGGGAAGAUGAGCAUUCCUAUGGAUGGCACAGCCGUGAUCACCAAGGGUGACAGGAACCUGUACAUUGUCACUGGGCGGUGCUUAGUGAAGGGCUACAUUUCUCGGGUCGGGGUGGUGGACUGCUUCGACACCCACACGGGGGACGUGGUCCAGUGUAUCACCUUCCCCAUUGAGUUCAACCACCGGCCCCUGCUCUCUUUCGAUCAGGGCAACAACCUCUGUGUGCACAGCCACCGGCAGAGUGUGGAAAUCAACCUGCAGAAGAUAAAGGCCAACAAGACCACCACCUCAGUGCCUCUCUUGCCCAACAACUGCCCCUUAGAUGUGUCCCAUGCUAUAUGCUCCAUUGGAGACAACAAAGUGUUUGUGUGUGGGGGCAUCACCACAACCAACGACGUCCAGACGAAGGACUACACCAUCAACCCCAAUGCCUACUUGCUGGACCAAAAGACAGGCGAGUGGAAGACCGUGGCCCCGCCCCCAGAGGCACUGGACUGCCCCGCCUGCUGCCUAGCCAAGCUCCCCUGCAAGAUUCUUCAAAGGAUUUAAACCACUUUUUAAGUGGGAGAAUAAGUAAAUGCAUUAUUAUUCACAAUUUAACGAGAGAGGGAAAGAAAGGAAGAUGGCCUGUUGGUUCCUUCUUUGUGUUCCAUUGUGUGUUUAGCCUUGAAGGUGGAGAUUCCGGGCAAGGGUCACUCCAGUGGGUAGAAACUCAGGGCUGCUCUGUCACCGGAGGGAUCUGAGGUCGUGAAGGAGUCCCUGGUGGGUGGGGUCGGGGGAUCUCCUGGGCACUGGCUAAGGUGGUGUCUGGAAAGGCCCCUGUUCUGUACCCCUGUAGUCACCGUACAAGCAUCUGCUAGACUGACAAUUAAAACAUUUG